CACAGCUUGGCGCGGGCGGUGGCGCGGGCGGUUAAGCGGCGGGCACAAAAAAAUGAUGAGAUUGGAGAGGAACAUGUUUUAGCUUUAAUUCUAAAUAAAAACAAUUUAGAAGAAGAAGAAUGCAAAAAAAGACUGAAAGAAUACUGCAAAGGCUUAAAAAGUAUAAAUCCUGAAUUAGAUAAAGUGGAUCAAAAACUACAAAAAGUAUGUAAAGAAGAUAAAAUAGUAGAAGAAAAGUGUACAGGAUUGAAAAAAAAAGUCACUCAAAAAUGCAACGAUUUUAAAAAUAAACUUCAAGCAGCAGCAGUAAAAGAAAUUUCCGCUUUGAAAGAUAAGGAUUGUGAAGAGAAUGAACGACAAUGCUUAUUUUUGGAGGGAGCAUGCCCUGAUGAUCUUAAAGAAAAAUGCAGUGACUUAAGAAAUAAAUGUUAUAAGAAGAAGCGAGAUGAAGUAGCAGAAGAAGUUCUUUUAAGAGCGCUCAGUGAUGAUCUUGAAAGUGAAGACAAGUGUAAAAAGAAGAUUAAGAGUAUAUGUAUUAUUUUGGGGGAAGAAAGCAACGAAUUAAUGCAAAAAUGUUUUAAUACGGACUCUCUAUGCACAUUUCUAGUAGAAUUAGCAAAAAAAAAGUGUACUCUUUUGAAAACUGAGAUAGAGAAAGUACUAGAAUCUGAUGAGGAAUUAAAAAAAGAAGGGCAUUCUUUACUUGAAAAAUGCUACUUUUAUGGACCAAGUUGUAAAGAUAAUAAAUGUGGUGAUUUGAAGAAAAAAUGCAAGAAAAAAGGAAUCAUUUAUAUACCGCCAGACUCUGAUUUUGAUCCUACAAGACCAGAGGCCACGUUAGCAAAAAAAAUAGGUCUGGAAAAACUUUAUAAAGAAGCAGAAGCACAAGGAGUUGUAAUUCAAAAAGCAUUAGAAGGAGAUGUUCUUGAUUUAUUAGUGUUUCUGUCAGGGAGCAACCCUUUUGAUGAAAAUAAAUGCAAGGAAGUGUUCACUACUAAAUGUGAUUCUAUUAAAUAUUUGGCAGAAAAUAUAGAAAAAUUAUGUGGAAAUAAAACAGAACGUGAAAAUAAAUGUAAAGAAUAUAAAAAGAAAUUUGACGAAAGAAAAAAUGCUCUAAUUGCAAAAUUUAAAAACAGACAAUUUAAAGAAGAAAUCACAUUAUGGGGUGAAUUACCAAGUUUCCUUAAUCAAGAUGAAUGUGCAGAACUAGAAUCAGACUGUUUUUAUUUCGAAAAUCAGUCUUUCGAGAAACAAUGUAAGAAUGUUAAGGUUGCGUGCUACAAAAGAGGGCUCUAUGUAUUAGUAAACCAAAAAUUGCAAGACAAACUUCGAGGAAAGUUUCAUGAUACAAAUGAUACAUCCUUUAAAAAGCUUCAAAAAAAGUUAGUAAAGGAGUGUGCAAAUCUGAAAGAAAAAAGCAAUGAAUUAUUUGUGUUUUGUAUCCAGCCAAAUAGUGCAGUUUCUAUACUUUUAAGGGAUUUGCAUUUUAAAGUGGACCUAUUACAAGAAUAUUUGAAUGCAAGGCGAGAUCUUCCUAGGAAGCAGGAUUGCAGGGAAUUGCGAAAGAAAUGCGAUGAUCUAAAACAAGAUUUUGAGGAACUUGAAUGGCCCUGUCGUACUCUGGAACAUCAUUGCAAUAGACUAGAUAUUGCAGAACAAUUGGAAGAGAAGCUGUUGGAAGGAAAAACAAAAGAUUUGGAUAAGUUCGAUUCAUGUUUAGAAAUUUUGAAAAAACAGUGUCGUGAAUGGAGUAGAAGAGGAAGAACUCUGUUUGCUCUCUCAUGUGUAGCACAGAAUAUUACAUGCAAGAUUCUUACAGAAAGCGUAAACUUUAAGUGUACUACGUUAGGAGUGCGCAUCGAAGCAAGUAAUGUUAUAGAUCAAGCAAAGAGAGAUGACAAGAAGGAAACGAUUUGUAACUUAUGGGCACCCUAUUGCAGCAAAUUUGUGUCAAGUUGCCAGAAUCUAACUACUGGUGAUGGAAAAUGUAAGGAGCUUAAUGAAGUGUGUAAAUCAUUCAUCGAAAGGAAGGAUUUGGAAGAAAAAGUAGUUUAUGAAUUAAAGGGCAGUUUGAAAACAGAGCAAGAGUGUCAGAAUACACUUGACAGAUAUUGCGUAGUGUGGAAGAAUGCAACCAAUAAACUUAGUACUUUAUGUACAGACAAGGAAAAAAAUGGCAAGCAAGAUGAAGAUGUCAGGAAAGAGCUUUGCAAGAAAUUAAUUAAAAAAGUCCAAGAAAAAUGCCAAGAAUUAUCAAGAAAACUCACAGAAACCAGUCUGGAGUUGGAAAAAAAAGAAAAAGAAUAUAAAAACAUUAAAGAACAAGCAGAAAAGGCUAUGGGAGAAGCAAAUCUUGUUUUGUCAAGGCCAAAAGCGCUAGGUAAUGAGACAGCAAAUGAUGUUGUGGCUGAUGUGCCUAAAAAGCCAAAAGACUCGGCACAUUUUAAACUUGUAAAAAGAGAUGCAACAGUGAAAGUAACAGAAGACGAAGCAAAAGCAUUUGAUUUGGUAGCACAAGCAUUUGGACUCUAUGUAGAAUUAAGGGAGAUAUGCCAUGAUUUACUAAAAGGAUGCGGAUUUAAAAAGGAAUGUGGUUGUGAAGAUUCAUGCAAAACGAUAGAAAAUAAAUGCCAUGGAUUGAAGCCACUGGAAGUGAAACCAUAUGAAGCAACAACUAAAAACGUAACAACAACAACCACAACCACAACGACGACAACAACAACCGUUACAGAUCCAAAAGCAACAGAAUGUAAAUCUCUACAGACGACAGACACGUGGGUCACAAAGACGUCAACCCAUACCAGCACAUCUACGACCACAUCCACGGUCACAUCGAGAAUAACACUCACCUCGACGAGGCGGUGUAAGCCUACGAAGUGCACGACAGGAGAGGGGGAUGAAGCAGGGGAAGUGAAGCCGAGUGAGGGGCUGAGGAUGAGUGGGUGGAGUGUGAUGAGGGGGGUGUUGGUGGCAAUGAUGAUUUCAUUCAUGAUUUAG